AUGUCAUUUUCGUGUGGUUCUGGUAGUUCUGAAGACUAUUCACAUAUAUUUAAGACCAUGGUGAAUCAUAGACUUUCAUCUUUUUUUAUAUUUACCUAUGCCCUAAUUUGUUUAUUUGUAAUAUAUCAUAUUUUGACUCAUUCUUUUGUUUUCUUUUUUCAAAAAGGAGGUAGCGAUUCAGCACUUCCAUCGACAAAUGAUAGAGAAGGUGCAUCUUCAUCAACUAAUACAGAAGGUGGUAGCGAUGCAGCACCUCCACUGACAAAUGAUAGAGAUGGUGCAUCUUCAUCAACUAAUACAGAAGGAGGUAGCGAUUCAGCAUCUCCACAGACAAAUGAUAGAGAUGGUGCAUCUCCAUCAACUAAUACAGAAGGUGGUAUCGAUUCAGCAUCUCCACAGACAAAUGAUAGAGAUGGUGCAUCUCCAUCAACUAAUACAGAAGGUGAUAUAGAUUCCGGUAAUAAACCGACAGAUGAUAGCGAUGGUGAAUCUUCACAAACUAAUCAAGAAGUUGAUAGCGAUGCCGCAAAUAAACCAACAGAUGAUAGCGAUGAUGAACCGAGCUCAAAUAUAUCAGUCAAAUUCACCGAAUUCGGGAUUUACAAGAGAAAUGUGAAGUUUUCUGUGUCUCCUUUAAAGUCAUAUGAUUACGAGGAUGUAGUUCAAUGUGCGCUGUCGUGCGUGUCAAUGUCCACUUGUAAUUACUUUAGUUAUCUGAGUAAGAAUUGCGGUUUGUUCAAAGCAGGAGAUUCGGAUACAUCAGAUACGACCGGAUCUCUUAUAUAUAAAAAGGAGUGA